AAAAGGAUACAAAACAGACAGAAUGGAACAUUUCUGCACAUCCCUCAUUUUCAGUACAAGGAUGAAGGGAUUUACUACUGUGAGGUAGUUUAUCAGGGAGGCUUGCACGCUUCACAGAUCAACGUGUCUGCUAGAGUUCCACCGAAGAUAAAUUUGGUGUAUGACAUCACCCAGAAGAUGGCCACUUGUACAGCAGCAAACAGUAAACCAGCCGCCAACAUUUCCUGGAUUGGAGUGUCGAACUGGACCGAGAAAACCACCAAGAACCCAGAUCACACAUACACUGUGGAGAGCUCGGCCAGCAUCCCUGACAACACAUCCCUGCAGAAUGUGUCCUGUGUAGUUGAGCACCCAGUUUGGAAGGAGGGUGUACAUAAGACCGUCGGACUACCUCUUGAAAAUUUCCCUUCUUUCCCUCUCACGUGGACGAUCAUUUCUGUAAGCUUAUCCGGAUUUGUAGUUCUCAUUCUUGUAGCAUCCUUCUUUAUAAGAAAACAUCUAAGCAAAAUCAGAAAUUGCUGCAAAUCCAGCAUUCCUGCACCACCUCCAGCCAACAGAAAACAGGAUGUGGAAGAACUCGAGCCUUAUGCAAGCUAUGUUGAACGGGUGAACUCUAUCUACAACUCAUCAGCAGAGCUGUGCAAUGCAUAGACUUGUAACUGAUGCAACCCAGCAGCCAUCUUCAUACAAAACCUCGGGCUGAGAGCUGUUCCUCAGAAUGGAAUCAGAGAAAGAAACAUAAAAUAGAAUUUGUAGGAGACGCUUGGUGACAGUAAGCUGCUGUUCUCAAUGGAGGAAACCUCAGACUUGCACAAAAAAAAUAUAUUUUUUUCUUUACACUAUAGCCAUGAAACUAAAAUGUCCAUUUUGAAUUCUCAGCUUUGGCUGUAACAGUGAAGUUGAAAAUUGUGUACAGGCCAUUAUGCAUGUGUUUUUACUGCAACAGCAUUCACACCUGUUAACUCAAUUCAGACUUGAAUGGGAAUAGUUAGACCCAAAAAUGGGAGAACACUUUACUCUGUAUUCACUUUCAAUGAAUAAGGUAUUAAAAAUUGAUGUUUUUAUUUAUUCAUCACCUAUAUCAUAAGGAUACACAAUAUUACCCUGUUUCAAAACUUCAAUAUUGUUCAGUAUCAGACAUACCUCCUGAUUCUGUAAUACAUUCCUACUGUAUGUGUGCCAGCUGAAAUUGAGCAAACUGUCAAUAUCUGACUUUAGGUCCUUCGUAAUGUAUGGGCAAUCCAUUCCCUUUCUUUAGGUAUCCCCACAGGAACAUAUUAAAUUGGCUCACGGGACUUUAGUGGCAGAACAAAACUGGGCAGAAAGAGUUCAAGUAGGAAGCUGCAGUACGUCAGCAUGCACAGGAAAAAGUCAAGGUUUAUUCCAUGCUGAAAAGAGAAGAAAAGAAACAAUGUUGACACCCACUGAGUGGGCUGCACAGUCAAAAUGUUGUGUUUUUUUUCUUCUGGACAGGAAGAUAUUAGGAUGUCACAAAUUUCAAAAGUCACAAUAAAAACUUCACUGAAUGCUACAGAAUUGCAUGUCUGGAAACACAUUGUCCACAAUGAACACUUGUUUUUUCACCUUGUAUGACAACAUCACGAAUAUGUACUGCUUUGGGAUCUCUUGAAACCAAUUAGGUCUUUAAAGAACAAACUUCUGAAUCCUUAUAACUGUCAAAAGAACACAAAUUAAAUAACAAUAGAUUUAAAUAGUCUGCAGAACACAUGUGCCUAGAUGUAAUAUUUCACUCCUCAGUUUUCUCUACACAGUGAUGUAUAGUGACAAAACAAGGUCUUGUAAAUAAUUUUUCAUUAUAUGAUCUUUCACCCCCCUUGGGGAGCUCUUUAUUUUACGUUUAGGAAAUAGUACAUAGCUGAGACAGAACUGCUCUGUGAGAUUCACAUUGUUAUAGCAUCCAGGUGAAACAGGUGACAGCUCUUGGUCCCACAUCCUUAGUGGUUUGAUUGGCUGGAUCGACUGACAUUACAGCAGGUUGCUUGGAAAUCCAAAUACGUGUAACAGCAAAAACCUUCUCUUUGAUUUUGGUUAUCCUCAAAUGGUAGCAAUUCUUCUAGAGCAGGUCGAACUGUACAAAAUGAAAACAGAAAAUGUUUGUGUGGGACACAAGCCUUAAAAAUGUUUUUGCAGGGUGUUUUAGGGCAACAGUCUACUCUGGUUCUGUUUUGUAACUAAAGUACAUGUCCAGAAUUCAGGAUCUGUGUCUUGCAUUUCCUGUAACACAUGAUUAUUUAAACCUUGUGUAUAAAACAGGCUCAUCCUUUUCUGUUUAUUGAUGUGUGUUAUUGAUGCAAGUCCCAUAUGUUAUUCAUAUUAAGAAGAGUUCCAUUUAGAAGUGUGAAUGGCAGUGGACAGAGUGUGCCCUGUUAACUCUAUUGUACUGUUUCUUUUCUUCUUGUGUUAUUCCUUUUAAAUGGACAGUCUUGGGGAAGUGUGCAAUCUGAAUGCUUUUCUCUAAAUAGGGACAUUUCUGCAUUUAAAAGUGAACUUUGAAAAUAAUGUUGGUUAUCAUUUUUCCAAUUUCAUGUUACCUAUCAUGGGAAAAGAUGUAAAUGGUGUUAAUAUAAAUUAUCAACAUACUAUUUGUGUCUGUACUUUAACAUUAAAAGUUAAA